AUGCUUCAGCACAAGUUCGUGGCGGAGUGGCAGGACGGACGGAAGGAGACAUCUACGCCUACGUUGGAGCUCCUAGGAGACCCAGAGGGUUACUCAGCCAUGGCCUUGUCUGUGGUUGCGGCGUGUGGGAUUGCGACGCAGUUGUUGCUUGACGAAGAGCCUGCGCUGCGCAAACCAGGUGUUCAUGCUCCUUAGAGUAGGGACAUGUGCGAUGUGAGUCGGAAUUUGGUCGAGAAAGAAGGUAUCAAG